AUGCAUGCAGUGUACUUCUUUUCUAUUGAUGAUGCCGAGCUCCGGACUGCUCAUAAGCUUGACUACCAUUUGAGCACGGUGAAAUGUGACUCUAUAUGUGCCUUCCAAGAGCUGGAGCUUGGAUUCAAGGUUGAAAGAGUAGAUUUCUCAAGUGAGAUGCAGGGAAAUGAAAUAGCACGCUGGACUUCAAACUUGGAACUUGUGGCUGUCAUGCAGAAAGAUAGAGAUUGUAUUAUGAAUGUUGGUGAUGCAACUAAGCAGUGGUCUGCAGUGGCAAGAACUAUAGCUGCCACUGAGAACAAGGACUGCCUCGAUCUUUUUAUCCAGUUAGAUGGGCUCCAGUUUAUUGAUAAAUGGCUGAAGGAUGCCCAGAAUUUCAGCAAUGAAACAGGUGAAAGCUCUGUGGAAGUGUCAAUUUCUCAUUUACUGCAAGCACUUGAAAAGCUGCAUGUAGACAACGAGAAAUUGGUUUCUACAAAAAUCUGUACCACCGUGAAGGAUCUUCUUGGCCAUAAUUGUUCCAAGGUGCUGGAUAGAGCUCAAGCUCUGUUGGAUAGCUGGGAAAAAGAUAGAGGUAGCAAUGCAUCUUCAGUGAAUACUGAAAGAAUUGGGCCUUUGACAGAUAAUGACACACGAAUAACCAAUAUUGAGAGAGAUAGUAGACAUUCAGAAUCCUCUUGUGGAGGUGCUCUUAUUUCAAGAGAGAGUGCUGGUGAAGAAAAAUGUCAGCAAUCAACCAAAGAUAAUCCGGUGCCACCUACAAGUUUCAAUGUUCUUGAACCUGACUAUGUUGAAAGUGCACAAACUUCUGACAGAAUUUUGGACCACCCAGUUAUGAAUGAUAGAACUUCAGAUCAUGUUGGCUUGCCUUCUUCCUCAAAGCCUGCUAAUGAAAACGGCUUCAUUAAGAUGGAGUCUUUUGCAUGUCAUCCUAUAGUUACUACCUCAGUUGAUUCAUGCAGUCCAGCAAUUGCAAGACAAGGUUUUCUUGGUGAUGGGACAGAUUUGAAUGAGUUGGAGUCGGCUCAUCAUGUAAUGCAGACCAAAAAGAUUGAAAGUUCACCGGAGAAAUUUGGCUUAUCUGAUGAAUUUAAGGUGUUAGGAGAUCGACCUUUUUCUUCAACUUCUGAAGCUGCAGAUGCAUCAAGUUCUGCAAUAGAAUCUAGUUUACUGAAACUGUCAGGUGCUAUGGAGAAAGUUUCUUGCCAGAAAAGUUCGUCUUCUGUUGAUGUGAGGCUAACUGACUCUGAAGGAAAGGAUGAUGUUGAUGAUGGUGAAUGUUCACUUCAAUGCAGAAGCCCAAGUGUUCGAAGAACUGAAGAAAAUGCUGAACUUGACACCGUGUUGGAGAACUCAUCCACCAGUGAGCAAAGCUGGGAAAAUCCCAAGAAUUCAAGUGCGUUCUUGUUGAAGAUUGAAGAUGAGGGAGCGAUUGACAAGAUUAAUAAUGAUGGAAGUGAUGAUGCUCUGGCAAUUGAUUUUAAUUUUGGGAAAAACGUUGAUAGAGAACCUGAUAUGACCAACAAGAAAUCUAUUGUUGAAUUAGACUACGGGAUUCUAGAUCCAUUAGAAGUUGCUCGGCAAGUUGCUAUAGAAGUGGAGAGAGAACUUGUAGAUUUUAGAGAACAAAGUUGCGGUUCUUCUGAGAAAGCACCAGAAGGUAAAUUACAGGUUCCAGAUAGCCCAGACUUUUCAAGCAGAGAAGGAUCCCAUGCCAGCAAAGGCUCAUCUGAGGAGGUGGCCCACGAUCCAGAUCUGUCUGCUGAAGCUUCGCCGAUGCAGGAGGAGUCUGCAACUAGUAGUGAAAACCUUGAUGCUGAGCCAAUAAAUGACACACAAGAUGUUGAAACAUCUCAGGUCACUGAGGUGGCUCAAGAAGAAGCCAACAUGGCGAGAGGCCUAUGCAAUUUUGAUCUGAAUCAAGAAGUUCAUUCAGAAGAUACGGAUCCCCCUGGGAAUCAAAUUUCUACCACUGUCUCUAUUGUUUCUGCUUCAAGGGCGACAGCAGCUCCUGGAUUACCUGUUGCUCCGUUGCAAUUUGAGGGGAAAUUUGGAUGGAAAGGUUCAGCUGCAACCAGUGCUUUCCAUCCAGCAUCACCUCGCCGGAUGCCUGAAGGUGAUAAGGAUCUUUCCACCGGGGAAAGCAGUAACAGUUCAAAGCAGAGACACGGAUGUCUUGACAUUGAUCUGAAUAUAGUUGAGAGUGAAGAUGGUAGAAUAGGGGACCUACCAGAUAAACAGGUUCCAGUAUCUUCCACUCUUCUUUCUGGGGAAUCAUCUGUGGAAGCAAAUUCAAGAUCAGAACGUCUUGAGUUGGAUCUUAAUAGAGCAAGUGAAGAUGGUGAUGUUCCAUCAGAUUGGAAAAUCAACGGACAGAUCUUUCCCAAGAGAAAUGGCCAUCAGAGUCGGACUGUUUCUUCUUCAUCGUCAUUGAAGCAACCUUCUUUGAGGAAUAUUGAUCUCAAUUACCAGCCGUCUUUUCUCAAUGAUUAUUCAGAUCAUUCCUAUUUAACUAAGUUACCUCAAAAUUUAAAUGCUUCUGGAGAUUUAAAGUCAGACGAGUCUGUAAUAUCUAUCAUGGGCACAAGAGUGGUGGUCAAGCGUAGAGAUUUCGUUCCUCAUACUCUACCCUUGCCAAAUGGCAGAACUCCAGAGCUUGAGUUUGAUGUUAACUUGGCCAGAACUGGCAGUUUUCUUGGGAUGGGAUCUGCACCUCCAUAUGCCCAUUCUACGUUAUACAAUUACAAUGGCAUUCCACCAGGUCAUGCAAUGCCUUUCUCCACAUUGUAUGGGGCUGCUGGCCACAUUCCUUACAUGGUGGAUUCUAGAGGAGCACCUGUUGUUCCUCAGAUUGUGGGCUCUGCAUCAGCUCUACCACCUGCAUUUUCUCAGCCACCAUUCCUCAUAGGUAUGACUUCCUCAAAUCUUUCAAAUGGGGUCGUGCCGUCGCAGGGUAGUUUUGAUCUCGACUCCAGGCUGAUGUUGGAAGGUGGAAGUAGGGGCCCUACAGGCUUGGGACUCUUGUCCAGUUCAAGUCCGUUCAGGUCAACUGACGAGCAGUUGAGGUACUAUCCCCAACCUUCCAUCAGUUCAGUUGGUGAGAAACGAAAAGAACCAGAUGGUGGGUGGGAAUAUUACCCAUUCAAACAAUACACACCACCACCAUGGAAACAGAGGUAA